GACACAGACAAAGGUUCUCCCCCCACACCUGAUGCCGGAGAGAGCCCAUCCCUGGAGCUGCACCCCAGGCGCCUGCUGCUCCCCGCGGGGAGGCGGUGCGGGCGGAGCGGCGGCCGCGUUUCCAUGAGUCACUCCAGGACUUUCUGCCGCCCGCCGUGUGGUGGGGAGGGGGUACCUUCGUGCCGACGUCCUACUCCGUGAUGUGAGGCACAGGCAUGCUCAGUAGCUGGUGCCUACCCCUCCUCUCUCGGCAACGGUGCCUACAACACUGAGAGACCGCUGGCAGCCGGAGCGGGGCCGGAAAGCCAUCUUUGCGGGAGCGGAGGCAGCGACGGCCGGGAGCCAUGUCUACUCCAGCUCCUACUCAAGGACCCACCAGUGCUGGGGCUGCAGGGCCAUCUCCUGCUACCAAUGUGUCAAGUAACAAACGGCUGCAGCAAACACAAGCCCAAGUGGAUGAGGUGGUAGACAUCAUGAGAAUGAACGUGGACAAGGUGCUAGAAAGAGACCAGAAGCUGUCGGAGCUUGACAACCGGGCAGAUGCAUUGCAAGCAGGUGCCUCACAGUUUGAAACCAGUGCAGCCAAACUGAAGAGAAAAUAUUGGUGGAAAAAUUGCAAGAUGAUGAUCAUCCUUGGUGUAGUAUGCACAGUCAUUCUCAUUAUAAUUAUAAUUUAUUUCUCCACUUGAAAAAAAACGAAGAAGGAGGACUUGGCACAACUUUGUUCAUAUCAACCAACAAUAUCAAUGUUCCUUUGUUGAACUCCGCUUUUUAAUUCCUGGUGUCUUGGGAUUUUUGCUUGUAAUAACAUAUAAGCAUUCAGUGUGGUAUGUUUUGGAAUUCUGUUGUUUCCACAAGAAACUGUACCAGCUAAGUACUGCCAAGUAGUUCCAUACACUGUCCUAUCACUGUGUCUUAAAAUGUGCACACACUGACCUUUAGAAACUGUAGUGUAUGAAAAGCACCAUAAAUAUCUCAGAAUCAGAGAAUGAAGCUAUAAGAGAGCUCCUGUGUAAAGGGACACUGUCAGGUGGACUGGACCCAAAAUUAAGGUUUCAGCAGACAUGAUGACCAAAAUUCUUAGUCUGCAUACCUAAAGUUGCGUGGCAAAAUCCACUAUCAGAUGCAGUUUUUUGAGGUAGCAAGUCUUUGCUACAUUGGACAGUAAUACUUGCAAGUAUUCAUAGAGCUUGUAAGACAUCUCUACUUAGCCAAUCAAACACAUAUGUUUUUGAAAUUAAAUGUGGUAUCAAAGUCUAAAAACAUUGCCUGCAGAAAAUAAGUAGGGCUGCGUUUUAGGCAUUUAAGUUUUCCCUUGCAGUGUGUUCUGAGCAACCAAGAUGGCCUCAAUAUGAAAGACAGAAAGAAAACUGUAUGACAACCAGAAAAUGUUAGCUAGCACAAUUUUGAAAAAGCCAAGUGAAAUGCAAAAAUGGUAAUACAAGCGCCAUAAAUGACUGAGAUGCACAUUCUUGCUAAAAACUCAAGGCAGUGUUUGUCAGAAUUCAUGGAACUCUCUUGAAUGCCAAACCCCAAUACUUAAAGCCCUUGAAGUAUAUGAAUGACUUUGGUGAUGUCUGUGUCUGAGGAAGGCAGAGAAACACUGUUCCAAACAGGAGGUGUUAGUCGGCUUACUUAAAAUUUAAUUUGCGUGGGUUUAUAGCUCAUAAACUAUAACAUCGUCUUAAUGAAAUACUCAGCUGAGAUCUUUCUCAUAGUUACACUGACAUUUGAUAUAAUUAAAGGAAAAAUAUAUUGCUUUUUGGGGGAAAGCUGUUGUAUGCUACUGUUGUAUGGUUACUCCCAAGUGUUCAGUUUCCACUUUUUCUUUUUUAAAUACUGCACAGUUUGUUUCAAGGAGGAUGUGGAUAAUAUCCUGGGAAAAUUAAAUCAAUUUUAAACAUAUCUAUUCAAACUAAAAGUGAAUUUUCGUAUUUUAAGCCAGGCAAUCUUGACAGGGCCUUUUUAAGAUAAAUUCUUCAGAAUUUCUAAGAAUUGCUAGAUAUGUAUUUAUUUAUUUAUUUUUUUGUCUGCAACUCUGUUAAGGCAUAUAAAGUUAUAUUAGCAAUUAUUCUUAUUGAAGAGCAUCUCUCUUGACACAGUCUUAGAUUUAAAAAAAAGAGAGAGAACCAGAAAAGUUCACUGCAGAAGAUCUUAAGUAGAAUUUUGUGGAAGGAAUAAGCAAUGAUUACUCGAAUGGUUCCAUCUGCAUUGUUUUUUUUUUUGUACUUCAUUUUCAGAUGUAUCGUUUCAUAUUGUUAACUAGCAGGUGGCCAUGGUCAUAAUAAAAGUAACCUUCAAACAUAAGUAA